AUGCAAGGUCUUAUUAUCUUGGGAGCCAUUGCCGGGCUGGCGAACGCCUGGUCGUACCCCGACUGCGAACCCGACAACUGCUAUAGAAACCUCAUCGAUAGCCGCUUCACCGCAACCAUCGGCGAUUACUGCACCUCGUAUCUUGCUAUGCCUACUGCCACCGCUAUCCCAGCAGACUACAACAACUGCGCUUCUCCAGAAGCGCUCAGCUCUGCUUGCUCUUGCAUCGCCUACACCUAUACCCACUCCGCGACAAGCUCUACCCCAACAUAUCCUGUCACCUCCAGCUCCAGCCCGACCCCAACAUACCCCGUGACAACCUCCACUCCAACAUAUCCCGUGACAACCUCCACCCCAACAUCCGAGAGCACAAACCUCGGAUACACCACCUCGACCGUCUAUGUCACCACCCUCAAGACCAUCACCAGUUGCGCGACGACCGUCACAAACUGCCCUGCUACUGAGAAGACGCACACAUACGUCGUCACCGACACCAUCUCCUCAUACACUACCGUCUGCCCGGUAACUGCAACCGAGACCCCGGUCUACCCAACCAAUGUGCCAGUUGUCUACACCUCAACCUACUACACCACCGAGGUGAUCACCACCUCCUCAUGCGCCAAGGAAGUCACCAACUGCCCAUACACGACCUCAACCACCGUGUACCCCGCCACAACCGUCUGCACGACAAACGCUGCGACCUACGUCCCAACCUUGAGCGUCGGCACGAUCAGCCAACCCGUCGGCACCGUCACCUACCCCACAAAGACCACCACCUCUGCAGGUCUUCAGGUCACGGGUGCUGCUGGCCGCGUCGCUGCUGGCUUUGAGAUGGCGGCCGCGGCUGCAGGUCUCGUUGCUGCUGCGUUCUUGUAG